AUGUCUGACUGGCAGCAUCUCUCCAUUCGCAUCUGUCUGGUCACCUAUGUGGUGCACAUGGGAAGCCUGGUUUGCUGGUUCCUUGCCGCAGUUCGAGGCUGGUGUCGAAGCUCCAAAGCCGGCACGGCACCGUCAGAAUAUGAGUAUUGGGUGGUCCGCCUGUUUUUGAUCAUGGCCGUUGCCGAUUUCGCGCGUGGGGUGGAUGGUCUCUCAGACACGUUCGAGGACGGCUCCUUUGUCAGCGUUUGGGGAAGCGUUAACAUCUCGGGUCGAUUCUUCGCCUGGUGGCUUCGUGACCUCCUUGGCUUCCAGAUUUUGCUGCUGUUCCACAGCUUCACGGUCAGGUGGUCACACACAGCUCUGGAGCUUCCAAUGCCGCGGCUCCUUAUGACAAUGGUUCGAUUCGGCUGUGCCACCGCCACCAUCGGUUUUGGAACUGGUCUCUGCGGUGCGCUUGUCACCAACAAGCAGAUAUGGCAGGUUGUCUGCAUGGUCUCCGUCCUGCCCUACAAUGCUGUGAGCUGCUUCAUGUGUGGGCGGCAUCUGUGGCGAAUCUUGCCACAGCUUGCGAAUGGGAGUGAUCCCGAAUCCGGGGAUUUGCUAGCAAGGUCCCGGACAACUGCUACACGUAUGCUUGUUGCCCAUGCCAUCAUGCUAUCGGCUUUCCCAGCUCUCAUCCACCAGAAAGUCAUGAUCGGCCAGAACCCGCUUAUCGCACACCUGCCGGUUGGCACAUGGAUUGGUAGCACCCUGCUCCCCGUCAUUACGGACGUGCCUGUGCUUUAUCCGGGCAAGCAUCCUAGUCCGGCUCUUGAGAUCGUGGAGAUCACCAUGGGCUGGUUUUGCUUAUCUCUCUGGUGGCCUGUGGUCGGGUGCGGCAGUGGGGCGGACGACGGCAAAUUCGUCGUCGUGGAGACGAUCGGCAGCCGCAUGCGUGCAGCCCACCGUGGCAAGAGCGACUGA